AAUACUUCACUACUCUUUUUAUGUUUCAAAGAAACCGUCUUUUUUAAGCAACAGAGAGCGCCUCUGCAUUUUUUCCCCCAGGUUCCCUGUUGAGUGACAAUGGCUAAUGUAACAAUACUGAAGAUGGCGAUGGCUUUGGUUGUAACAAUGGCACCCAGCCUUGGACUGAAAUGGGUUGUUGCAGCACAACAGCAUCAUCACGUGGUCGGAGACGACCGCGGGUGGGAUCCUUCCUCAAACAUCGCUACCUGGUCCUCCGGUCGGAGCUUCAGGGUCGGAGACAAAAUCUGGUUCGCCUACUCUGCAGAACAGGGGAGCGUCGUGGAGCUCAAGAGCAAGGAUGAAUACGAGUCGUGCGAUGUGAGGAACCCCAUAAGGAUGUAUAGGGACGGCUUAGAGAGCAUCGAAUUGGUUGAGGAAGGGAUUCGAUACUUUGUCAGCAGCAAGCCUGAGAGCUGCAAAAAGGGUCUGAAACUACACGUCGAGGUGACGCCUUUUGGUAACCCGGACACCGAAACGCCAAGAGUCACGGCAGCGGUAGACAACUCCGUUUCGACUGUGGCAGAUGUGAUGUCGACUGUGGCAGAUGCCAUCGCACCGACAACCCCUUCUGAAUCAGUCCAGCUUUAUGGGAACUUCAUGUUGUUAUUCGUUGGUCUAUGGCUUUGCAGUUGCAUGGCCUUUUAGUUAUGCUUUGUAUGCAAUAAAUUUUCAAAU